AACGAUAUACGAUCGGAAGAACGAAGAGCAGGGCGCAUCUACCGGCUCUCCACAUUGCGGUGAAAACUGCAGCAGGUGAUCGGGUCUGCUGCCGGGGAUUUUGAUGGCAAUCUGAAUGCUUCUCAAGGUGCUUAAUGAAGUUGGACACAAAUCGAGGAACUGCGUGAAACUAGCUUUCGAAGAGUGAAACGGCGCACAGUGUAGACCACACGAAGCGCUCGUACGAAAAUACGAGCCAGAAAAGGAUUUCAAGUCCUAUUCGUCAGAGCCCAAACGGAGGACAACUGUCAGCGCUUCUCGGAAACAUCAUAGGGUGCCCAAGAUGAAAAAUAGCAGCGGCAUAAACGUGGCCGAAGAUUCGAGUGAAACGGAAGUCGACACUCCACCAUCGACGCGUGCAGGGAACUCGGCCAAAAAGAAGCUGCGCCGAUUAUGGAACAAAGACGACGGAUAUUGCUCAUACAGCAGUACGCCGAUCUCAUGUGAUACAACAGCACUUGAACCAUUGAGUUGUAGUGGAAGUCAUACGGAAGUGGUGUUGAGCGUCCGGCCUGAUAGUGGCACAGUCACAGGACAAGAGAUCUCUGACAAGAAACAUCUGAAGGAUAAGCACCAUAGCAAAGCUAUCAAUACGUCAGAUGUUCUGCCCGAUAGCGCAAAUGUCCUGCGCAAACCGUCCAAAGACACUUCAAGUUGCUCCGACGCAGGGGACAGGGCCGAUGAACGACCGCAGUGGCAAUCGAAGGCAGAUUUUUUACUUUCAAUUAUCGGAUUUGCCGUCGACCUCGCUAACGUCUGGCGUUUUCCUUAUCUUUGCUAUCGAAACGGCGGAGGCGUAUUUUUAAUCCCAUAUACGCUUAUGUUGAUCUUCGGCGCUUUACCACUCUUCUAUAUGGAGCUGGUCGUGGGGCAGUACAACCGGUCGGGGCCGAUCAGCGUGUGGAACAUGUGUCCUUUAUUUAAGGGCGUGGGCUACUGUGCAGUGUUGAUUUCGUGGUAUGUAUCGUUCUAUUAUAAUGUGAUUAUUGGGUGGGCAAUCUUCUUCGUUCUGUCGUCGUUUACAUCACAAUUACCAUGGUCGACUUGCGGCAACCCCUGGAAUACGCACACCUGUUACGCGGGUGACACGGAAUCCGGAAUUGCUCCUGCCAAUAGAACAUCGGCAGCUCUUGAAUUCUUUAAUCGUGGCGUUCUUGAGCUGCACACAUCUAACGGAAUGCACGACUUGGGACUCCCUAAAUGGCAACUUGUGUGCUGUGUGUUCUUUGUGUUCUGCAUCCUCUACUUUGCGCUCUGCAAAGGCGUUAACUCGUCGGGAAAGGUGGUCUGGUUUACCGCAACGGCUCCAUACGUGAUCCUGACUAUCCUCUUAAUACGAGGAGUUUUUCUACCCGGCGCAGCCGAGGGAGUUCGCUACUAUCUCCGACCAGAUAUCUCAAAAUUAUACGACUCUAACGUAUGGGUCGACGCUGCUGUACAGGUGUUUUUCUCGGUUGGUGUCGGAUUUGGCGUUCAUCUAACAUACGCGUCGUAUAACCCCUUCAAUAAUAAUUGCUACAGAGAUUGCCUGAUGACGGCGUGUGUCAAUAGCGGAACGUCUUUCUACUCAGGUUUCGUGAUUUUUGUUUAUCUCGGAUAUAUGGCUCAAAAGCAGGGCGUACCUGUCGACAAGGUGGCGACGGAAGGUCACGGAUUAGUGUUUCAGGUUUACCCUGAAGCAAUUUCUACGUUGCCUGGAGCGCCAUUCUGGUCGGUCCUUUUUUUUGUCAUGCUGCUCACACUAGGACUCGACAGCGCCAUGGGUGGUCUUGAGUCUGUGAUUACAGGCCUUAUGGACGAGUUCAAUUUCCGCAUUGGUAAAUAUAAGAUUCCAAGAGAACUGUUCACGAUCUGUGUGCUCUGUGCCUCGUUCAGCAUGUCGAUGGUCAACGUUACGCGAGGAGGCGGUUAUAUGGUCACGUGGUUCGACACGUAUGCAGCAGGUAUCAGCCUCCUCUGCUCGGCCCUCUUUGAAGCUCUCGCAGUUUGUUGGGUGUACGGAUUGGACCGCUUUGCUGAUGAUAUCCAUCAGAUGCUCGGUUUUCGACCCGGCCUAUAUUGGAAGUGUUGCUGGAAGUUUGUCUCGCCAAUCUUUCUCGUCACCGUUAUUCUAUCAGCGAUCUUCAACUCCGGUGUAACCGAAUAUAACGGCUAUAUAUAUCCUCCAUGGACUGAAGGAAUCGGAUGGGCCUUCGCUCUUUCAUCUGUAGCUAUGGUUCCUUUAAUAGCAGCGUGGAAAUUUGCUCAGGCAAAAGGAUCUAUAAAAGAACGUUUCAAGGUGACGACACAACCAGUUCGAGACGACGAUCAUCCUGGAACUAUCCGCGAACGGCAGAAGAAUCCGAUUGCGGAAGUCUGAGCCUACCAUAGUAUCUGGAUACUUUAAAAUCACAGUCUUCAACAGCGGAUUCUCGCUAUUAUUUCACAAAGCACGUACACGAUUCUGGAGAAUCUUGAGCACCGUACCAAUAGGACAUGCUCCUUUUAAAUUCUACUCCAAGAACAGGGAAGGGAUUAAGAGACAGGGGUUUAUGACUCUUCGAAAAGAAAUGUCUUCAGAAGAAUCGUCAUUUUUAUGGACGGUUAGAUAAGCCAGAAAAUUGAAACUAGCUCCGAUUGAUACCAGAGAUGAAUGACAAGCAUGCUGUCAACAAACCUUUGGGCUCAGCGUGCGACUGCGAGUGUAUCCGAGCAGCUCGAGGAGGUGCUAAAACUUAAUGCCCAUACUGGUUGUACUUUCAAGCAGUAUAUACACUAUCUUUUACCUCCAAAACAACUGUGGUAAAGCAGCUUGUGUAGGGUUGGCAAAAAAGUAAUACCACCUGCUACGUAAUGUUGUCCAUUCUGUAUGAUCAUACGUUCCUUAUCUCAUUUUAACAUCGACCAACCUGAGUGUAGGUACAGGAAACAGCCUGCUAACGAAAUCUGUAAAUAUUGUACUAUAAAUGAAUGCAACCAUAACAGAUUCCUGCAGAAAGCCUAAACAGGUAUCAACGGGAAGUUCGGUGUUCACCUGUCCUUAUGGCAAUCUGAAGCCUAAAACGACUUUUAGGUACAGCUGAAGCGGUGAAUUAACGUCACGUCAGGGAUACA